AUGGACUGCGAGCAUCAAGAAGCUCUAGGCUGGGGUUUCGGCUGGAGUUUAGACUUGAAUGUGGCCAAGGAAGAGCAGCGUGAAGCCACCGAAGACAGUGAACUUGAUGAGCACCAGAAGCAAAAGGAUGACGAGAUGCACGCCCAAUCACGGCUGCAGCUGGCGGGAGUGUUGAUAAGGGUCUUCUUGCAAGGAAACGAAGUCAGAGGACAGAAGAAACAAUGUAUUGCUGCUGGGUAUAAGUCUAUGAAAUUCAUCUAG